AUGCUUUCUCGAUUAUUCCUAAUUUAUCAAGUGAUACUCCUCCUCAUUCCAUUCAGUAACGCAGAUGAUCAGCAACCUCUACAUGCAACGGCAGAAGCUACCCCGAAACGGGUGGCAGUGAUCGGAGCCGGAGCCGCAGGCUCAUCCAACGCCUACUUCCUGCGCAAAUACGCAGAAUCCUCCCAAACACCCGUUGACGUCACCGUUUUCGAACGGUCCUCGUACAUCGGCGGCCGUUCGACAACAGUAGAUGUCUUCGAUAACCCAGCAUACCCCGUCGAACUAGGCGCCUCGAUCUUCGUGGAAGUCAACUACAACCUCGUGAAUGCAUCCAGGGACCUCGGGCUUGUAGCCCAGGGCGCCGAUAUCGCCCGGCCUAAGGAGUCUGACGAUAGCAUUGGCAUCUGGGACGGGAAGGAGUUCGUGGUCACGUUACAGAACACAAGCAGCUGGUGGAAUAUCGGCAAGAUACUCUGGCGAUAUUGGCUUGCGCCGAUAAAGGCGCAGAAUCUGAUGAAAAGUACUGUGAAGAAGUUCCUCAGUCUGUACGAGGAGCCUAUGUUUCCGUUCCCGUCGCUCUCUGAUGCUGCAGAGAAAGUCGGCUUGCUGAAUGCCACUGCGUCUCCCGGAGAGGACUUCCUUGAGAGGAAUGGCAUCUCGGCUGAUUUUGGCCGGGAAGUCAUCCAAGCCAGCACGCGGGUCAACUACGGACAGAACCUUCCACAGAUCCACGGCUUGGAGACCAUGGUCUGCAUGGCCGCAGAGGGAGCCGUCUCCAUCGAAGGCGGGAACUGGCGCAUCUUCGACGGGAUGCUGAAGUCGUCCAGCGCAGACGUCAAACUCAACACGACCGUGACGUCCAUCGAGCGCAACAAUGUCGACGACACCCUCACCAUCAAGUCCGUUUCGGAAGACCACGCAAAUAAAAAGCAGGAACACUCCAAUAACGUCUUCGACGAAGUCGUCAUUGCUGGCCCCUUGCAGUACUCCGGCAUCCAUAUCUCCCCACCACUCGAACACACCCCAGAUGAAAUCCCAUAUGUCACACUCCAUGUGACGCUAUUCUCCUCGCCCCACAAACUCUCUCCGCAAUUCUUCGGCUUGGGUCCCAACGAGCAAACACCCGAAACGAUCCUCACCACGCUCCCCAAAGAAACGAACCUAGGGACCGAAAAGCCAGGCGCAGGACCCGCAGGUUUCUGGAGUAUCAGUUCCCUACGAACCGUAACGACAGAAAACAACGAACGCCACUACGUCUACAAGAUAUUCUCCCCGGAACGACUGACAGGCGAGUUUGUCGCGCAAGUUCUAGGAUUUCAGAACUCUACUGCCGUCAAUGGCGAGUCGACAAUCGCUGACCUCCCCAAGACUGACAUCAGCUGGUUCCAUGAGAAGAUCUGGCAUCCGUAUCCGUUUUUGUAUCCGCGGGUGACAUUUGAAGAGCCCAAUGUUGCGCCGAAUCUUUGGUACACGGGUGGGAUUGAGAGUUUCAUCUCGACUAUGGAGACAAGUUCGUUGAUGGGGAAGAAUGUAGCUGCGUUGAUGGUGCAGUCGUGGAAGGGUCAAGAUACUACCUCGUCUGAUGAACAGGGCAGGGAUGAUCUGUGA